ACCCUAAGUUUCUUCUCUCUGUCAUGUUUGGUCUCUGGUGUCGGCUUCGUUUCUGGAAGGAAAAAUCUCCGAUUAACACGAUGGCGACGCGGCUCAAGGAGAUAGUGAAGAAGUACGGAAAAGUGGCGCUAGGAGUUCAUUUCUCGGUGUCGGGAGUCUCAAUUAGUGGGUUUUACAUAGCGAUCAAGAACAACGUCGAUGUCGAAUCGCUCUUGGACAAGUACCAAAUCCCUUGGUUCUCUUCCUCCUCCAACAAGGAAAACCCUAACCACCCUAGCCUCGAUUUGAACCCGGAAGAGCAAGGCUUGGUGGUCACGCCCGACAACAAGACCAGACAGCUUGCCAAAUCUGCUGGUGGAGCUCUAGCGCUGGCGGUUUUGUGCAAUAAGGCUCUGUUUCCGAUCAGAGUCCCGAUCACCAUGGCGUUGACUCCUCCAAUCGCUAGAUUCCUCAGGCAGAGAAAGAUCCUCAAAUCCGGCCAAUGACUCUUCUCUCUCUCUCUCUAUUACAUUUUGGGGUCUAUCUGUCUUUUCACCACCUGUAUCGGUUCCAUGCCUUUUCUUUUUUUUUGUUUGUUGAAAAAUUUCGAAUGUAAUGAUGCUUCUGCUGAUAGAGGAAGAGAAUGAGAAAAUUGUGGUAGAGGAGGUUAUAGUAUUGUUUGAUCAUCUCUUUUGCUUAUUAUUAAUAAGGUUUGAAUCCAGAAUUGCCAAUAUUCAAGUGGGCUUUUUUUA